CUACAACUCGAGACUUUGUUCCGCGCCUAUAAAUAUCAUACUAAUUAGAAGAAAAAACCCACUGAGUCUUAAUAUGGCGUCUGCAAACAUCAAUGCUGCUGACCUCUUCAGCGUCAAGGGCCUCAUCGCCGUCGUGACCGGCGGGGGAACUGGUAUCGGCCUCAUGAUCGCACAGGGCCUCGAGGCCAACGGUGCAAUUGUGUACAUCAUUGGUCGCCGGAAGGAAGCUCUGGAGAAAGCAGCAAGCACCGCGAAGCAUGGCAACAUCCACGCCAUUCAAGGCGAUAUCACCCAAAAGAGCGACCUCGAUCGAGCCGUCGCAGAAAUCAAACAGGCUCAUGGAUACGUCAACGUAGUCAUUGCUAACUCGGGCAUCUCGGGCCCAGCCCUCAAGGGUCUACCCCCCAACCCGACGAUCGCUCAGUAUCGCGACUUUGUGUUCGGCUGGGACCAGAAAGACUUCACGGAGACCUUCGCUGUCAACACCACCGGGGUGUUCUUCACCGUGGCGGCGUUCCUUGAGCUUCUUGACGAGGGUAACAAGCGCGGCAACUUCAAGCAGAGGAGUCAGGUGAUUGCAACAAGCAGCGUUGGCGCCUACAACCGCCAACCGAUGGGGUUCGCCUACGGAGCGUCGAAGGCGGCUGUGGUACACAUGUUCAAGCAAUUAAGCACAGUUUUGGUACCAUUCAACAUCCGCGCAAACGUGAUCGCCCCGGGAUUCUACCCGAGCGAGAUGACUUCAGGAAUGUUGGAGCAGCACAAGGACGGUUGGCCAAAGUCAUUUAUCCCGGAGGAGAGAGCUGGAGACUUGGAGGACAUGGCUGGUGCGGCUCUGUUCCUGGUCAGCAGAGCCGGGGCCUACACCAACGGUAACGUACUUGUUACCGAUGGUGGAAGACUCGGUGUGGUGCCAUCGAGCUACUGAGCAGAGCCUCAAAAGCUCAAAGGUCGCUUACAAUUCGAAUCAAUCAUGUGAAGUUGUAGCAUAAAUGGCGGAUGUCCAACCAGAAACAUCUCUUACAAGCACUCUUUUAUUUCCGAGGCCAUGUCUCUUCCAACUCAGAUAUCUCGACCUUCUUUUA